AUAUAUGUGUGUAUACAUGUCUAGUGACGUUCCUAUACACCCAAACAUUCUUCGUAGUUAGUUAAAUUCACCGGUAUAUGGGUAUAUUGUGAAGAGAAGUGGAAGUAUGUUCUGUUGCUGCUGGUGAUAUUCCACAUACACACGAUACUCCAAAGUUGAUGGUGGUUUAAACGACAACAAAAAAUAAUAAUGCCGGUUGGUCAUGCUUGACGUUUAACAAACGUGUUUUUAAAUGUUUUUCAAAAAAAUAAUUAUUCAUUUCCAUUUAAAUUUAAUGUGUUAAAUUAUUAGUAAAAAAAAAUAGUGUUUCAAUAAAUGAUAAAAGUAAAAUAGUGGUUGUAAAAAUGAAACAAAAUACUAAAGGUCAUUGUAUUUUAAAUAUGAUGGAUUUUGAUGAAAACUCAUUAUUUUUAGAUAACGAGUAUCCAUUACCAGCGGAUGAUUUUUUACAAGCAUUGAGUUCUGACCUUGAGAUUCCAUUGCUAUUAAAUGGCGAAGGAUCACCUGGUCGUGAUGAAAGUCCUGAUGAAAUCAUAAAAGGCGCAGCAUUGAAUUCAUUAUCUAAUUUCGAUAGAUUCGAUACCGGUUAUGAAUUCGAUGAUGUAUUUUCAAAUAUUAAUAAUACAGAAUUAAAUAUCAAUAAUUUAUCAAAUAUCAUAAAACGUGAAUCAGAAAAUUCACAUUUCCCACCGUCACCAAGCCCCAGUCAUUCGGAAUCAAGUAGCGGUGGCUCUGAAUGGCACAAUGACAGCCCCUAUAAUAAAACAUCAGCAUCACCAGAAAAAUUUAGUUUAGACACCCCGCCGAUAUCACCACCAGACACAGAAUCACCGCCGGUAUCACCACAGCCUGAACAGCAGCCAGUGACAGCUAAAAUUCCAGUACUUCAUCCUUUAAAAUUAAUUCCACUUAGCGCUCAAGAUGUAAAUCUUUCACAGAAUAAAGCUAAGUUUGUCCUGGCAAAAGGUAACACAGCAAAGCGUGUGUGUAUUCAAACACUGAAGCAAUCAUCAGCAUCAUCAUCAACUUCGUCGUUAUCAUCAUCAUCUUCAGUAUUAUCAAACAGUAAUAAUGGUGAGCAACCGCGUAAAAUGAUAGUAUUGAGCGCUCAAGAUUUCGCAGCCUUGACUAAAAAUGUAUCACAAAAUCCAUCAAUACGUCCGCCAUUAAAAAUUCAAACUCUAAAGCGUAAACAAGAUAACAAUAUGAACAGUUUUAAUCUACAAGCCGGUGAUUUUAAACAAGCAAUUGAGUUACCCAAAACAAACCAGGUUAAAAUACUUAAUCCAAUAGCAAACAUACCGGUUGUUAAACCAGAACUUGUAAUUAGUACUCCAGUUGACCAUGAAGAUGUUAAAGCAACAGCAGCACCACCACCGCUAUCAGCAUUACCAGCAACUCAAACAUGUACACCGAUAGUAAUUAGUCAUACAAACAACACCAGCAGUCCGACAAUAGCUCCGAUUUUAAUAAAAACCGAGCUGUCAGAUAUUAAUAAUUUGACAGCGCGCCAAGAGUCGGAACUUAAGGCAUUCAAACGACAGCAGAGGAUGAUUAAGAAUCGUGAGUCCGCUUGUUUAUCUCGCAAGAAAAAAAAAGAGUAUGUGACGGCCUUGGAAAGACAGAUAUCAGACUUGCGGGAAGAAAAUAAACAAUUGAGAAUGGAAAAUUCAUAUUUAAGACAGCAACUAAAUCUAACUGAUGACAAUCAAUCGCUAUUUUGUUCAGAUAAUAAAUUAGGAAAUUUAAAACAUGCAGUCAGUAAAAAAAAUACCGCGAUACUGUUAGCAGUAUUUCUUAUGUUUUCGAUAAACUUUCCAUUCAAUGGAAUGUUUUCACCAGAUAAAAAUCAAUUGGAUGUUUUAUCAAAAUCUAAUGCGCCAGCUGUGGUACCAAAUCUCAGACACGGCAGGUCUUUGCUGUGGUCUUCUGAUAUCGAUAAUGAUAACGAUGGGGGUAUUGAGGAUGUCAACACAACGUCGCUGCAUCAGCCGAUGUGUCCGAUGUUCAUCAAUCAAACGGAAUCGAUACGACUAGAUUACGAGUUACGUCGGUGGAUUGGAGAAGACAGCGGCCAUGAAAAUUGGACCGAGUUAAAUAAUAAAAAGAAAAAUAUAAAAGCUAAAUCUGUUGGUGAACUUUUGUUGCCAAAAAUAAAAGAUUUGAAUGGAGAUAAAAUAAAAUCAUUGUUACCGAAGGACGAAAAAUUAAACGCAGUAAUAAAUGACAAAGAAUUAACACCAGCAAAUAAUAACGCGCUAAAAAUAUUCUCACUGUUUGACGCACUAGAAAAUCGUGAUACUUUUUACGUUAUUUGGUUUAGCGGCGAGCAUCUUUCGCUGUCAGCGUUGAGUCAAAAUAAUUCUACGAGGCCACGUAUGUCACUGAUAUUCCCAACUGAUACCGUCAAUAAUUCUCUCGCACCACCGCCUCCUAAUCAUGUGACAAUGCGGCGCAUUGACUGCGAAGUCACUGAUACACAACUGGUUUACUUGCCUGAGUCUAUUGUCGUUCAGUAUUUGAAGGACAAUCGCAAAGCUCAGCCCAAAACUCGCAGUAAUCCGAGACCAGCAGCCGCUAAUUUUAAUUUAACGAAAAAUUACAAACGUUUUAAUUAUGUCAAAAAUAAUGAAACUGCGAGUGAGUAUGAAAGUAAAAGCAGCAAUCAGUCGUAUCCAAUUAAAAAAGAGCCGGAAUUUGUAAAUGAUAUUCCGUAUUUAGUUAAAGAUGAUAAAUUUACGUCGGGAUUUUCGGUAGACAGCCCAAAAAAUUACGAUUACGUACCAAAAAAUGUCAACUACGCAACAAAUGUUGCUUCGUAUGUUAAGAAUUUAAACAGAGACUAUGUCAAGAGUGACAAACAAUUACGAAAAAGACGAGGCUUGAAUCUUUAAUAAGUUAUUUAGUUAAUUAAAUAAAUUAAUAAAUCAAUUAAUGCAUAAUAAAUACAAAUACAUCCUUAUAUUUAUAAGGAUAUAUUGUCUAAUUUAUUUUAGACAGGCUGUGUAUUGAGGGCUAAAAAAAGUUAUGAUAAAUUUUUUCUAUUAAGCAGGAUUAAUAAGCAAAUUUAAAAUGAAUUUAAAUUAAUAAGUAACGACUGAUAGCAGUUUGUAAAUUGUAAUUUAAUUAAUUAUCAAGGUGUGUAAUAUUUGAAUAGUUAAUUAUUGUAACCAAGUGCAAAUUUUAAGUAAUUUUGUGUGCAUAUAAAUUUUUAAGUUUACAAAAAAUGGAUUGACAAUCGCACAGUGUUAGUUAAUAAUCUGCGUGUGUGAUUAAAUCGCGUUAGUAAUUUCAAAAGGACAUAUUUUUAUGCGCCCUUUUGGUUUUAGGGAGCUUCCUAUUUUCUUUCGAUGGCAAUCGAUUGGUAGACUUAUUUUAGAGAUGUGUAAAAAAAGUUCGACAUGUGGAACUUUUAAACUUGAGACAGAUUAGAACUUCGAGUGGAACUUUUUUUAAACUUUUGUAAUUUUCAUAGUAAAAUAAAAAAGUUUUAGAUAUCGGACUUUAUAAAAGCGAAUUUUGAGUAAAAAAAUAACGUUUUUAAAAAUGAUACUGAAGUUAACCGACGUCUAAUAAUUUUUGAAUUGUUUUUCUCAACGAUAAACUAAAAAAAAAAAUAUUUGAAAAAAUUGCGCCUAUAGUUUUUUUAAUUUUCUAAAUGUGCGUAUUUUUAGUUGUUUUUUUUGUCAUUAAUUUGUUUGAAUAAAAAUCCAAAAAUUUUUCGAUCGUCUGUCAAUUUCAGGAUUAUUUUUAAAACAUAUUCUUCAAGGAGAAUUUUAUUAAAUUUUACCUUCGUUACGAAAAAGUUCAAAAACCUCUAAUUUGGAACUUUUUUUUAUUCUUAUGAGGCUACAGGUUUCUAAUUGAGGGAACUUUUUUAAAACUAGGGUAAAAUGUAGUGAAAAUACGUUUGGAGAAAUAUGUUUUGAAAAUUUAUUUUUUUACUCCAAAUUCGCUUCUUUGAGCCCCAGAUAAUUUCGAGCUUUGAAAUAAAUCUCCAAAUUGAUUUGUAAUAAAAUAAAAAUAAAACGUCUUUUUGGCUCUGAGAGGUUCCCUUGCGCCAAAAAAACGUAUAAAAAUGUCAUUCUUUUUGAAAUUAAUAACGCAAAAUAUUAGUUGUUAUUAAUUAGAUAUUUACUGAUAGCAAAGAGGUUUAUUAUUAAAUUUAAAUUUCUGUAAUAUAAUUAUUAUUACUAAGAUAAGUUUUAGUCAACGUGUGCAUUAUUAAAUAUUAAAUUUAUUUAACAUUUUAUAUAUUAAAUAAUCAAUAGCACAAUACUAAGUAAAUGUAUACUUAGAGAU